AACAGAAAUGUUCCUCCUAUAUAGAGCAUAAGAAGUGUGGUAGUUAUACCCAAAAUCUUUUUUUCCCAUAACUCACCCUGCAUUUUGCAGGGAGGGCUAGGGCAAAUUAAUUAAUAAUACGUAUCAAAGAAUGACGGAAGGCGUGGUCGCCAUCAAGGACAACAGAAAUGACGAUCAGAAUAAGAAGAAGGCGAAGACGCCAGGCGUUUUCGGCUUCUUCAAAGCUGCAAUGUUCGUAUUGCGCCAUCGUACAAAAGGAAAGCAGAAAGCUGCUCAGGUAAUAACCCAACAGGGAGAUUGGAAGAAGCUGGUGGGUUCUAUGCGCCCUUUGCAUCUGCAGGACAAUAAUAAUAAUACAUUAUAUUGUGCCACGUCACCCUCUGCAGCGAGCCAGUACGCUUCCGCUGACGAUCUCAAAUCACUAGAUCAGUUGGAUACCAUGAGCCAAUACGCUUCAGCAAACGAUCUGAAAUCACUAGAUGCCCUGGCCUCAGCCUCAUCGGGGACCAUGAGCCAGUACGCUUCCGCAAACAAUCUCCAAGACCUCGACGAACAGGAGGAAGAGGAAGAUGAUCCUGACAAAGUCUUCGAUGCUAUUGGCGCUGACGACAUGAUCGAUGCCAAGGCCGAGCUCUUCAUCCUUCAAUUUUACCAACAAAUGAGGCGUCAAAACGUUGAUUCAAUCAGCGGCCAAUUCCAUUAAUUGCAAGGUCAACAUUACGUAAUAAAUAAGGCUAAGGCUAGAUAGCCCCCUAAUUGUCUAGCUAAUUAUAUAGUAUAUGAUGGAUGAGAAGUACAUACCUACUCCACAUUGAUGAUGAAGCUAACCUAUAUACUGUAUUUAUAACAAGACAAGGGGAACGUAACAAUCAUAAUAUUCUAGCCA